AUGUUCCUUUUCUUAACAUAUCAUUGGAAGGAAAAAAAACACAAAAAUUUCUUCUUUAAAUCAAUUACAACAAUCCAAAGCAAAUUUAAUGCAGAUAGAAAAAAAAAAAAACUUAGCUCCAAAACGACCAAAUAUAUUAAUUACCUAUUUUUAAAAAGGAAAAAGGCAGAACAAAAAAUCCAUCUGAAUAAUAUAAAAAGGAAACUCCUUAAAAAUACCUCUUCUUCUUUGUCAAGCCCAUUCGAACCAUUCCACGUUAUUUGUAAUUUCAAAAAUGAUAAAUUAAAAACUCUGCAAAAAUACAACAUAGAGGAAAAAAAUAACAAUGCACAUAACCUCCUUAAAAAUAUAUCUCAACAAAAUAGGUCAAAUGUAGAAUAUCUUAAAUGUAUUGCCUCCACGGGAGUAGAAGAAAAAAAUCAUUUAAUUGAAACAAACUCGCCAAAGGAGGAAAAUGGAACUUUCUUCCAAAUGGGUGAUAUGAAUUUUGUGAAUUAUGAUAGAAAUUAUAUGAACGGACAGGAUUAUCCUACAAAUAACCAAACAAAUUAUAUGAACGGACAGGAUUAUCCUACAAAUAACCAAACAAAUUAUAUGAACGGACAGGAUUAUCCUACAAAUAGCCAAACGAAUUACAUGAACAGACAGGAUUAUCCUACAAAUAGCCAAACGAAUUACAUGAACAGACAGGAUAAUCUUACAAAUAGCCAAACAAAUUACAUGAACAGACAGGAUAAUCUUACAAAUAGCCAAACAAAUUACAUGAACAGACAGGAUAAUCUUACAAAUAGCCAAACAAAUUACAUGAAUAGACAGGAUAAUCUUACAAAUAGCCAAACAAAUUACAUGAACAGACAGGAUUAUCCUACAAAUAGCAGAAUCCUUGUAAGUGAUAAUCCUUCGGGAAUUCCAAGUUAUAACAAAUCAGGUUCUUCUGAUAGCUACCUAGAAGAAAAUAAAUUCCUACCAACGGUGUGCAUCAAGAAAGAUAAAGAAUUGAAAGAUAUGAAAAGUUGGAAUAAUAUUAAUAACAUUCUAGACCUUAGAAAGAAUAAGGAGUUGUGUAACAUAUAUUUGAUUACUAGUAUGAUAAAUAUAUAUCAUGAGAAUAAUUACAAUUAUAUAAUAUUGAAAAUAUUAAAAGAGAUGAAACAUAUCCAUUGUAUGAGUAUGAAGCAUAUAAGUUUAAUUAUAUACAAUAUAUAUAAAUAUUAUUAUAUUCAAUAUAUAAAAAAUAUAUUUUAUAGAUCAGACGAAAUAAACAGAAGUAACUUUUUUAAUAGUUAUUACAUAUUACCAGAAGAUGGCAUAUUAUAUAAUAAUGAGUUUAAAAUAAAAGAUGUGUUGUUAGAUAUAGAAAUAAUAAAAAGGUUUUUAUUAUCAAUAUCAUGUGUAAUUAAGACGUAUAUAUAUAAUGAAAGUGAUAUGAAUGUCUUAAGUAAGAUAUUAUUUGUAUAUUGUUUCUUUGAAAUAAAUAAUAAAAAAAUGAAUGAAAUGUUAAUUGAUAAGAUCUUGAAAAGUAUUCAUAUAAAAACAAAUAAAAGAAUAAAAUAUUUUUCUUUAAUAUCAUUAUCUUUUGAGAAAUUAAAGAUAUAUUAUUCUAAAAUACAUUUGUUACAUUCUAAUUUGUUAAUAAAAAAAAUGAAUAAAUUAAUAAAAGAGUAUAAUAAGUUAAUUAUAAGUAAUAAAGGGAAGAAGAAGAAGAAAAAGAAGAAGGAAAAAAAAAAAUUGGAACGUCUUAAUCUAUUCCCAGUUCAUAAAAAGCACAAAACGUUUUCGUUAAUUAAUAUGAAGGAUAUUAUAACAUAUUUGUAUAUAAUUAAGACGAAUAAUAUAAAAAAUAAUGAAUUUAUAAAGACCUUGUUAAAAUAUUGCAACAUAUUUUUGUAUGAAAUAAACUGGGAAGACAAAAAUAAUAGUUAUAUAUAUUCGUAUUAUAAUAAAGUAAAUAAAAAAUCAUAUAGAACGUUAGAUUUGUUUUGUAAUGAAGAAAAUAUAAUACCCUUGUGUUAUCAGCAUGAUAUGUUAAGAAAUAUAAAAUUAUAUAAAUCGUUUGAAAAUGAGUUCGAAAAAAAAAAGAGAAAAAAAAAUUUAUUAAAUUCUUAUAAGGAUAUUAUUAUAUUAAAAAGAAGAACAAAAAAAAAAACAAAAAAUAUAUCUCAUAAUUAUGUAAACAAAUAUUUAGCUUUAUAUUCUUUGUAUAAUAUAAAUAAAACAGCACACAACGAUACCAUAGGUGAAAAUGAUUAUAGGAAUAAUAUAUUAAUACAAGUUCAAAAUAUCCGAAGAGAAACAGAAUUCAGAGAGAAAUUAGUAUAUAUAGGAAGUAGAGCAAAGGAGAUGAUAGGAAAGCAUAAUUACGUCCAAGGAGAAAAUAAUAUUAAAGAAAUAGAAAAAAUAAAUGAUGGUGUUAUGAAAUAUGAAAAUGAGGACAACCGAAUAAGUAGGGAGGUGAUUUCUUGUAAAAAUGAAAAGAUUAAUAUAAAUAAGAAAGGUGUAUUAUAUAGUUCUUAUGAGGAGAACAAUAUACAUUUGAAUAAUAAAAAUAAAUUAUAUUAUAUUGAAAAUGACGAUAUAACAAAUAAAUAUGAAACAAAUUUAAUAUGUAUUAGUAUAUUUCUUAAUUAUUUAAUAUCAUAUGAUUAUGUAGUUUUAAAAAAUAUGCCUGAGUUUAAUAAGUUAAUAGAAAUGUAUAUGAAUUUGAUAAGAGGUACUAAUAUGAAGAAUAUUCACUUUUUAUAUAUGUAUAAGAUUAUAGAAAUUAAUAGACAUAUAGAAUUGUAUAAUAAUUUUUUAACAAAAUUAAUUUAUUCAUCUAUUUUUUAUAAUUGUAAAAAUGGAUUGUUAUCUUUCCUUGGUGUGUUGAAGAGGGUACAAAAUAUGAAUACAAUGGAAAGAAAAAAUAAAAAAUUAAAAGAUGUUUCAAUAAAAAUGGAUGAUUUUAUUGAUGCUACUCAUUGUUCCUCUGAUCAUAAUUAUGAUAAACCAUAUGAGGUAAGGUAUGUUCCUGGUGAUGACACAUUAUUCAAAUUAAUAUGUUCUGGAUAUAUGUGGUUGUAUUCUUUAAUUAAUUUAUAUAUACAAUUAUUAAAAAGCAAAACACAUGACUAUAUAUUGAAUUAUAUGUUGAUAGAUAAUUUAAUUGUCUUCAUUAAUUAUGAUUUUAAUCAUUUAAGUUAUACAUCGAUUUAUGGAUGUUUAAAAUUAUUAUAUAUGAUCCAGAAUGGUAUAAAGGAAAAUGGAAAAAAAGAAAAUAAAGAUCCUUAUGUUAUUAAUUUUAGAAUAGAAGAAGAGGAGGAAUAUUAUAAUUCUCUACAGAACAAAUGUAACAAAUUAUUAUUUAUGGUUUUAAAAAAAAUGGAAUCUAUUGAAUUUGUGAAUAUAAAAAAAAAUAUCUUAUUAUUAUUAAAAAUUUAUAAAUAUAUUAAUAAAAUAAAAAUAUAUAGAAACCGAUUUGAAAAUGGUAGUUAUGAGAUGUUAUUAAAAAUCGAUGAUAUGUUAAAAAGAAAAAUAAUUAUUGAAACAAAAAAUAUAUAUAAUUUCGAUAUAAAACAUUUUAUAAAAAUAUUUAUAUAUAGUGAUAAUAAAUUAAGGAAUGAACUUUUUCAUAUGAGUAAUUUAGAUGGUCAUUUUUUAUUAUUAACAAAUAUAGUAAACAAAAUGAAUAAUAAUGGUAUGUAUAUUUUUUUUGAUUUAUAUAAAUGUAUAUAUAUAUAUUUAUAUAAUAAUAUUAUAAAUAAAGAAAUAAAAAAAUUAAAUGAUAAAAACUUUUUUAUAAACAAGCAUCAUAUUAUAAAUUCAAUAAAAAUAUUACAAUUUUUAAGAAAUUAUAUAACCGAACAUAUGAGUAGAAUACAGAAGAAAUAUAUUUAUAAAAUAAUUAUGUAUAACUUUUUCUAUAUAAAUAAAUGUAUAAAAUUAACAAACAUGUUAUAUUCUUCCAAGGAUAAUAAAUCAAAUUUCAUUUAUAAUAAUAAGAUAAUUACAAAUGAACCUAAUAAUUAUUAUGAUAAUAUUGUGAAUAUAAAAAAAUUAAAAAAAAAAAAAAAAAAAGCUUUUAUUAUAUACAUGCUUGUAAAACAUGUAGAUAUAAUGUUUGAUAUAAUUAAUAUGUUAUUAAAAAAAGAAAAGAACCUAUUUCUUAAAAGUCUUAAUGAGAAGAAUGUAUUGAUUUAUAUUUUUUCUUUAUAUAUGGAAAAUAUAAGUAGAGUGAAAAAAAAAAUUAUUGGUUAUUUAUUUUUUUCUUCAAAUAUGAAUAGGACACACGGAAAAGAAUUUCUUUACAUUUUAUCAAAAAAUAGAUUACAACUCUAUAAUAAUAAAAUGAAUACAUGUGAUGAUAUUAGACAUAUCACAUAUAUGAAUGUAUUAAUAUUAUUUUUUUUAUUUAAAUAUGAAAUAUUUUUGAGAAAUUAUAACAUAUACAAGAGAUGUCAUAGAAAUCAAAUCACAUGUGAUUUAAAUAAGGAUGUUGCAUAUUUCUCGGGGGUACACAAUACAUUCAAAUAUUAUAAAGAUAAUAAAAAUAUUUCAUAUGAUGUUUUAUUAAAUACACAUAAUAAUGAUGUUAUAUUUUUACAAGUGUUAUUUUAUGGAAUAACAAAAAAUUAUUUUAUCUUAAAUAAUAUGUAUCCAAAAAAUGUUGAAAAUAUAUAUAUAAAUAAAAUAAAAAGAAAACAAUAUAAUAAACUAAGAAAUGAUACUGAUGUGUUAUUACAAAAUUGUAGAGAUGAAGGAAAUACAAAUAAAUCGAUACAUUAUGGAAAUGAUUUAUUUGAAUUAAUAAUAGCAAAUUUUAAUAUCUUAUCAGAGCAUUUUAAGGAUAAUAAAUAUUUGAAAAGUAUUAUUUACAAUUUUAUGGUACAUAAAAAUGACAUUUCACAAGUGAUCAACAAAAUUUUAAAUAAAAAUAAAUCAGAAAAAUAUGUCAUAUAA